CUGAGAGGGAUGUGGGUUGAGCUUGGCGAGCUAGUUGUUUAUAAUGCCGCAGAAACCUUGCCCUGAGCAGAGGACUCCACCUGCCGCCAUGAUGAAGGGAGCACUGCUUGUGCUGACCCUGCUGGUGACCAGAGAGCUGACCUUCAAGACGACUGACGCGGAAGCCUGCCCUGUGUUUUAUGGCGGGGUUGCUGCGCUGUUACUUGGAAGCAAAACAUUGUUGAAUUCAACGCUUGAUUUGGUUGAUGCUACUGAUGAGGAAAAGGCAGCCUUUGGAAAAGUCCAGGAUUGCUUCAAUGAGGCGGGAUUUGUUGCCAAGCUGAAAAUUGUAGAACUCAUGGGUUCCAUCAUCUCUGACAAGGAUUGCACCGGCUAUCAAGUGUCCACGGUUCUGGGUAGUGUUUUUGGAAUAAUUCUCAGUGCAGUCUCUUUGGUGAAAUAGUCUUUGCCAGUGAUGCCUGGUCUGCGCUCCAUGUGCCACCCUGUUCUUCUCAACUGAAGCUGGAAUCCUGACACCUGUCCCACCCAUGUGGUCUCUAUCAGGCUUACUCUAAUAAAAUCACUGCAGCAGUG